AUGUUGCGAGUUUUAUCCGUUAUCGUCUGUUGUUUGAUUAUUUCAUCUCACACAUUUCAAUGUCACUACAGACACACGAAACGCGCCGAACUAGAAGGUAUUCAGAAGUGGCCCGAUAACACAGUCUUUUAUGAAAUUGAUGAUAUCUAUCCACCCAGUGAAAAGCAACUGAUCGUGGACAGUCUCGCGGAGCUCACUACAAAAACAGGCAACUGCGUUCGUUUUGUUCCUCGGACCAAUCAACCAGAUUAUGUGCGUGUUCUCAAUAAAGAUGGAUGUUGGUCUGGCGUUGGAAAAUCAUGGCGCGGUGGUCUUCAAGAGCUCUCGCUUGAUCGCAGUGGUUGUAUGACAAAAGACACAAUCAUUCACGAGUUUCUUCAUUCACUCGGUUUCAAUCAUGAACAAACACGUCCCGACAGAGAUCAAUAUAUUAAAGUCUUGUAUGAAAACAUCGAACCAGAAAACAAACAUAAUUUCGAUAAAAAUCAAGCAGCUGCUUUUCAGAGUGUUGGAUUACCUUAUGAUUUUAAUUCAAUCAUGCACUAUACUUACAAUAGCUUCAGUACGAAUGGUUUACCAGUAAUGGUAACUGCGGAUGGAGCUUCAAAAGAUUGGCGAUACACGAUGGGAACAGGAAACGUGUUGACCGAGUCGGACAUCUACAAAGUGAAGAAAAUAUACGGUUGUGCUUAA